UUUCCAGUGAUGUGUCAUGUGAUGGGUUUGCAUGCUGGGAACUUUACUGUUUUCCUCUAUCAAGAUGGCUGCCAUACCAACAACCACAUUUUAUGGAAAGAGGACAGGUGAAAGAAGUGAAGCAGAGAGGAUUCUAUACCGGAUAGUAGAGGGAGAUUCAGAUUUGGAGCUUUCAGAUGAGGAAAAGGAUGAGAAUGAGGAGUAUCAGCCUGUGAUAGGUGAAGAUGAUGAUGAUGAUGAAGGAGAGGAAGAAGAUGCAGGAGAAUCGGAUGAGACAGAGUCAGAGGCAGUGAGGGAGCAGCAAAGUCGUCGUGCUCUGUGGGCCAGGAGUAACUUAUUCAGACCUGUGCUACCUGGGCUUCCUGCCUAUCAAGAUGACCCUACAAUCCGUGAAUACUGGAGUCCAAUUCAGUACUUUUCACAGUACAUCGAUAACAGAAUCUUUGAGGAUCUGGCAGCUUUUACAAAUCAAAGACAGCUGCAAACUAUAGGAGUGUCACUGAAUACUACUGCCCAAGAAAUUAAGAUUUUUUUUGGCAUAUCAGUACAUAUGGCCUGCCUUGGCUAUCCCAGAGUCAAAAUGUUUUGGGCUAAAAAGACUAAAGUGCCAGUUAUUAGCAGGAAAAUGACAAGAGAUAGGUUCUACAAGCUGAGGAGAUCACUCAAGAUUGUCAAUGACCUGGAUGUAACUGAAGAGGCAAAGGAGUCGGACAUUCUUUGGAGAGUCAGACCAUUGCUUGACCGCGUGAGGCAAGGUUGUCUCAGCCUUUCAAGGAGUGACAAGGUGUGCGUUGACGAGCAAAUCAUCCCAUUCACAGGCCGCUGCCCAGUUAGGCAGUAUGUGCCAGGAAAGCCAAACCCUACUGGCCUAAAGGUUUUUGUGCUUGCCUCGCCAAACGGUCUAGUCCUGGAUUUCGAGGUCUAUCAGGGCAAGAACACCUUUAUGGGCCAAAGACUGGGAGUUGGAGCUGCAGCGGUGUUGCGAAUGGUCGAGUCAGUUCCUACAGGAACUUAUGUGUUUUUUGAUCGAUAUUUCACAACGAUCAAUCUCAUGGACGCUUUGCUCUCAAAGGGUCUUCCAGCAACUGGAACCAUUAUGAAGAACAGGCUUCCAAAGCAAUGCCAGCUGCCAGGAGAUAAGCAUCUGAGAAAAGAAGGGAGAGGGGCUUCGGUGACAUUGGUCCGGAGGGGACCUGAGCUGGCAGUGACAAAAUGGUUUGAUAAUAAACCAGUUCUGAUGGCCUCUACUGUCUAUGGUAAAGAUCCAGAGGAUAUCUGCAGCAGAUGGUCCAACAAAGACAAAGGUCAUGUACAGGUGAGACGGCCAGCAGUAGUCAGGGAAUAUAAUAACAACAUGGGUGGCGUAGACCUCUGUGACCGAAUGCUGAGCUUCUACCGCAUGUCAACCAGGACCAAGAAGUGGACGUCACGUGUGAUGACACAUUUCUUUGAUGUUGCCAUCACAAACGCUUGGAUCCACUAAGAACACACAGCAGUACCUGGACUUCAAAUUGCACCUGGCUGAAGAGCUGCUGGAUAGUCCUUCAUUUGAUGACAGCAGUGAAGACAGUGAGGAAGAGUAUCAGCCACCAACAAAAACAAGGAUCCCACAACCAGAGCCAUCUGUACGCAGGCUAGGAGCCAGACACAUGCCAGAGAUGUUGGAUAUCAAACAUGCAGAAAGAUGCAGGAAUAAGGGUUGCAAUGG